AUGAGACCAUACUUGCUACAGGGACACGAGCGACCGAUCACGGUUGUCAAAUACAACGCCGAUGGCGAUUUAUUGUUCACAGCCUCCAAGGAUCUAAUUCCAAGUGUUUGGAGAUCCGAAAAUGGAGAGCGUCUUGGAACCUUCCAUGGACACAAGGGUACCAUUUGGGAUUUGGAUGUCGACCGAUUCAGUAAUUUAUUAUUGACUGCGUCUGCUGAUGCUACUGUCAAACUUUGGAGCUGCCAAAAUGGAGAAUGUUUGGAAACCUUUACGCACCGAGGUCCUGUUCGGGGAGUUUGCUGGGCCGAGGACAAUCGAAGAUUUGCUACCAUUUCGGAUCCCUUUGUGGAACACCCUGGCAAAAUCAUGGUCUGGGACAUUGAACAACCAGCUGAACCCAUUUUGGAGGUUGAUUUGCUGAAGGUUGAUGGGAAGAGAGUCAAUGCAACAAACAUUUGGUGGACUUAUCUCAAUGAACACAUUUUUGUCAGUAUGGACAAUGGUGUGAUGAGGCUGUACUCGCCCGAGACUGGAAGCCUGGUGAAAGAAAUAGUGGCACAUGAAAAGAAGGUUAACCGCGUACAAUUCAAUCGGGACAAGACUUUGGCACUGACCAGUUCGGCUGACUUUUCCUCCAAGUUGUUCGAUGCUGUCAACUGGAAGCACUUGUAUACUUACAAGACGGAUCGUCCGGUGAAUGAUGCUGUUAUUAGCGAAACAAAGGAUCACAUUCUAUUAGGAGGAGGUCAAGAAGCCAUGUCCGUGACAACCACUUCUGGAAAGGUCGGUAAAUUCGAAACAAGGUUCUUCCAUAUUGUUUACCAAGAAGAAUUUGGAACUGUCAAGGGACAUUUCGGUCCCAUUAAUGCCCUUGCUAUCAACCCGAACGGAAGAAAUUAUGCCAGUGGAGCCGAAGAUGGAUACGUUCGUCUGCAUUUUUUUGACAAGUCGUACUUGGAUAUGCAGGACCCAGUUCCAGAGGCAGAUGAUGAUGAAGAUGCCGAAGAAUCAAAAGAAGACAAGGCCCCAGCUCCUGUAGCAGGAAAAGCUGCAGGAAAGCCAGAGCAAGCAUUGGAAUAUGAUGAAAGCAUAAUGGAUGCGUAA